CAUCUGCGAUCGUCAGCUUAACCCCUCACGAAGGAUGUUGAAGUGCGGAGAUUGGUCAGGUACAUGAUGUCAGGCACAAACCACCAGUGUUACAUCGUGUACUUCGUGCACCACACGAUCGAGUCAACAUGGUCAAGACAGCAGGAAGCCUAAGUAAUACACACCGUAAGUGUUCAUGGUGAGUUGAGCUUCCUCUUCCUGUUCCCUUCCCUCGGUGUUGGGAUUAAAACCAUUAUGACUUCUGUCAAUUUCCGUCUCGGUACACUCAUCUGGCUUUCCAGCCUUGUUGUAGCACAGGUUGAUUACAGCCAAUAUGUCAACCCCUUCAUCGGCUCUGAAGGCCCGUUCCCAGGCCUCGCUUUCGGCGGUGGCGACAUCUUUGUUGGAGCGGCUUUGCCCUUUGGCGUUGUUAAAGUCGGCAUCGAUACAUAUGAGCAGAACGUCUCUUUCAGUACCCUCAAUGGCGGCUACACUCCGCAAGGCCGUGUCACAGCUAUCAGCAUGAUGCAUGAGAGCGGGACGGGCGGCGCGCCGAAGUAUGGUAUUGUACCACAGAUGCCAUUGGCGGGCAGUCUGGCUACAGUCAAUGUACUCGAUAACACAACCUACUGGCAGCAGAGAGUGGGCAACGAUACUGCUAAUGUCGGAUACUACGCCACGAAGCUUGAGAGCGGAGUCAGCGUGCAGCUGAGUGCGAGCAGACACAGCGGGAUCAUGGAGUAUGCCUUCCCAGCUGGCGACAAACACAUCCUCGUGGAUCUGUCGCAUUACUUACCUUCGGAGACUGGUGGGAGCGACGUGCAGUUCUACGUCGGAGGCGAGAUGGAUCUGCAGCCUGGUGGUCAAAUAUAUACAGGCUACACCACUAUCGGUGGGGGCUGGAGCGAAAGCGCGCCUAUGACUGUAUACUUCUGCGGCGAGUUCGACCACGCGCCCGAUCAGGCGAACGCAUUCAGUGGACGGCUGACGGACCCGAUUGCGAGGUACCAUACCUGGUCUGACGGCCCAGUUCCACAAGCGACGUUUGGCAAUCUUACUGAGACCGCUGGACCGCUGAACAAUCGAGUCGGAGCACUCUUCACCUGGAGCAACGCAUCUGUAUCCACGAUCAAGUCUCGAGUCGGUAUCAGCUUCAUCUCUGCGGACAAAGCCUGCGCUUUCAAAAAUUCAGAGAUCCGUUCGUGGAACCUCAACGACACGGUGCAAGCGGCAGUCUCGGAGUGGAACCAGGACGUCUUUAGCAAGAUACGAGUACCCACCGACUCGACGCAGAACCGGACGAAUCUGAUAUUGCUGUACUCCAGUCUUUACUUUAUGCACCUCAUGCCGUCGGACCGGACAGGAGAGAACCCGCUUUGGCCGAACAUCGAGUCUUACUGGGACGACUUCUAUACACUAUGGGACAUCUUCCGCUGCACCGUCUCCUUAUACCACCUGAUACAGCCGACCUACUAUCAGGGCAUGAUACGCGCCUUGAUCGAUAUAUGGCGCUGGGAGGGCUUCAUGCCGGACGGUCGAAGCGGCAACUACAACGGCUUGGUACAAGGCGGAAGUAACGCGGACAACGUGCUGGCCGAUGCGUACGUCAAAGGUCUCCCUGGCAUCAACUGGACCGCAGCUUACCAAGCCAUGCUGAAAGACGCCGAGGUCGUGCCCUACAACACUUUCAGCUACACCGACUUCACGGCGAGUGUCAAAGAGGGUCGAGGGGCUCUGUACGACUGGAUCCCGCUCGGCUACGUCAGCUCCGAUCGAAGCACGAGGGCUAUCUCGCGGAGUGUGGAGUAUGCGCUCAACGACUUCUCUUUGUCGCAAGUGGCACGCGGCGUCGCACCAAAUGACACGCAGAAAUAUCUUGCUCGGUCAGCGCAGUGGCAGAACAUUUGGAACGCCAACGUUACCCAUAAGAACUUCACAGGCUUCCUUGCGCCACGUUUAUCGAACGGCACAUUCAACCUGACCGACUACAACCCAGCGCUAUGCGGUGGUUGCGAGUGGCAAUCAAUCACCUAUGAGGGUACACCAUUUGAGUACUCCUUCACGAUACCGCACGAUAUGCAGACGCUUAUUCAGUUCAUGGGUGGCUCUGCGGAGUUUGAGCGUAGACUAGACUACAUUUUCCAGCCAAAUACCUCUGAGCAGAAUCUGGGUGCCAAUGGAGCGGGAAUCACUACGCUCAUGAACAUCGGCAACGAACCGGACUUUGCUACACCCUACGAGUACAACUACGUUGGGAAACAGUACAAGAGUGUCAUGCGUGCCCGCUCCCUGGCGAAUCAGUACUUUCACAACGCUAACUACGGCGUCCCCGGUAACAGCGAUGCCGGCGCUCUCAACAGCUGGCUGAUCUGGCAGAUGCUCGGUCUGUAUCCAGUCGUCACGCAGCCCGUCUACCUCAUACAGUCGCCUUGGUUCCCAGAUAUCAACAUGACCAUCAAUGGUAACGCUACGCUGCGGAUCAUGGCGAACGGGCUCGACAAUGCGAACAGCUACUACGUGCAGUCUGUGACGGUCAAUGGUCGGCCCUGGACACAGAAUUGGCUGAGCCAUGGUGACGUUAUGGUCAACGGAGGCACGAUUGUGUUUCAGAUGGGAAGUCAGCAGACGAUGUGGGAGAGUGGUAACGUGCCGCCUUCUCCAGGACACUACACAUUGUAAAGUAGUGAGCCUUGGUCGCACUGAGUGUAAUAUGCAAGUUGUGCUCAGAUUGAAAUAGCAAGACCACACGCUCCGACGGCAGUUGUGUCUUGCUUGCAUUCUCCGGCAUAUUGGAAAUCUUGGUAAGAGCUGCGUUACGGUUGGAGCAAUCUCAUGUUUCGUU